AUGAAAGAAUACUCAUUAAAACAUAGUGGUUUAAAGAAAGAUUUGCUUAUCGAUGCGAUCAUUAAUCAUCAAGAACAUCUUGCAGAUUUGAAUUCAAAGUUAGUGACAGACAAUACAAUUGAUAAAUAUCAUCGUGGAACUGUUGAAUAUCGAUUGCCAACAUUGAUAAUCUAUCGAAUCAUUCGUGAUCUCUGGCACGAUGAUAUCAACUUUAACUUGAAGACUAAAGAUCUUUGUAGAAAAUACCGAAGGUUAUUAUCUAUUGCUCUCGUAUCGAAAGAGUUAUUCAAGUUGAUAUCAUCAUUAUUCACUCGAUUUCAACUUAUUACUGGAUUAGAUUCAAUAUAUGAUAGUAAUUAUCUGACAGAUAUUCUUGCAGUGAAGAUCAAGAACCAUUAUUUACAUCCACUUUCAAUAGUCAAGAAUAUCAGACAUUUCACACUUUCAAUGGAAAUAUUCAAGGAAAUCAACAACUUGUCGACAUCCUUCGAAUUGGGAGUUAUUUUUAAAGAUAUCAGGAAAUUAUCAUUAAUCUGUGUGCGUAUCAAAGAUGUUCAAGUUCAGCAAAUUAAAUCGAUGAUUAAAUACAUGUCAAGUCUAGAAUCAUUAAGAAUGUGUGGCGCAGUCAUUGACAGCAUCAAGAUAUUUCAAUUGUUACGACAAAUACCACAACUAACAUCUCUCGAUUUCUUAAAUACUAAAAUUCAAAAGAUUAACUUCUCUUCUGAACUUAUAUCGAGUUCAUUGAAAAAGUUGAAACUUCCAGAGAUCUAUGGGGGCUAUUUCCUCAGCAUCCUACCAAGCCAUAGCCAAGUUACCACUUUCGGUUUUGGAUAUAUUACAUUAGAGCAAAUAACUAUGAUCGGUAGUCACUUUAAGAAUAUCACUAAACUAGUAUUGUGGAGAAUCUACAGGACAUCAGAAUCAAAGUUGGAGGAGCUGUUGUGUUCACCAGAGUGCAAAGUACACACUCUAUAUGUUGGUUAUCGAUAUAGUAAGUGGUUAGAAAAUGUCUUACCAAAGAAUCAAUCUAUUGAAACAAUAGAUGUUGGCGAAAAUCUGUUGAAUACAUUCUCUUUGGCAUGGCAAUCAUCAUCGAUAAAUCGUUUCAUAUUUCAUGAGAACUUUGAAGUAUCGGAAAUAAUUAUGAAUAGUUAUCGACCUACAGGCUAUAUUCACAUCAAAUCGAAAUUUAGAUUCAACCCUGGUAAAUUCCUUCAAACCUCAAUAGGACCGAUUGCACACUACGCCAAGAAGAUCUACAAUGUCUUAGAGAUUAUCGAAGACAACUUUAAAACAAUUGAAUCAACCUAUCCCAAUUUUAAGUUUUUAUAUUAUAAAUCUACUUUAAAUGAACUUGAUAAAAUGAACAGAAAUGAAUUGGAAGAAAUAAUGGUUAAAUACUCAUUAAAACAAAGUGGUUUAAAGAACGAUACGCUUAUCGAUGCGAUCAUUAAACAUCAAGAACAUCUUAUCGAUUUGAAAUCAAAGUUAGUAACAAAUAACUCAAUGGAGCAAUAUCAUCGUGGAACUGUUGAAUAUCGAUUGCCAACAUUGAUCAUCUAUCGAAUCAUUCGUGAUCUCUGGCAUAACGAUAUCAACUUAAAUUUGAUCACCAAAGAUCUUCAUUCAAAGUACAGAUGGUUGUUCUCUAUUGCUCUCGUAUCGAAAGAGUUCUUCAAGUUGAUAUCGUCAAUGUUCACUCGAUUUCUACAUAUAGGUGCUAAUUAUAGCUAUAUAUAUGAUGGAGUGCCAGUUGUAACUGCAGUGAGGAUCAAAAAUCAUUUUUUAAAUCCACAUUCAAUCAUCAAGAAUAUCAGUCAUUUAACACUUUCAAUGGAGAUCUUCGUGGGAAUAACUAGCGAAUCAACAAGUACAUCUGUUGAAUUGGGAGUAAUCUUCAACAAUGUCAGGAAACUAAAGUUAAUCGACGAGUUUAUCAAAGAUAUUCAAGUUGAUCAAAUUCAAUCGAUGAUUCAAUACAUGCCAAAUCUAUGUUCAUUUAAACUCUGUCAUGCUGUCAUUAACAACAUCGAGAUAUUCCAGAUGCUUAAACUAAUACCACUACUAACAACACUCGAUUUAGAAAUGACUAAGAUUAAAAAUAUCAACUUCACUUCUAAAUUGAUAUCGAGUUCCUUGAGAAAAUUGAAACUCCCAGAGAUCUCUGGUAAGGACAAAUACCUUAGCAUUCUACCAAACGAGAGUAAAGUUACAACAUUUGGUUUGGUGUUUGUUGAUACAAAAGAAAUUAAGAUGCUCAGUAAUCACUUUAAGAAUAUCACUAAGCUCAUAUUUUGGAGAAUCUACAACUCUGCAGAAUCAGAGUUGGAGGAACUGCUGUGUUCACCAGAGUGCAAAGUACGCACUCUCUACUUUGAUUAUCGUUUUCAAAAGUGGUUAGAACGUGUGUUAUCCAAGAAUCAAUCGAUUGAAAUAAUAGAUAUCGGUGAAGAUCUUUCGCUAACAUUCUGGGUGGCAUCGAAAUCAUCAUCGAUAAAUCGUUUGAUCUUUCACGAAAACCACCAACAAUCUGACAUAUACUCGAAGGAACUUCAACCUACAGGCUACAUACAUAUCAAAUCGAAAUAUAGAUACAACCCAUGUACUUCCGUUCUAAACAUAGUUGGAGGCAUUGCAAACUACGCCAAGAAGAUCUACAAUGUUUCAGAGAAUACCGACGACAAUCAAGCAAUCGAAGCAACCUAUCCCAAUCAUAAGUUUUUAUAUAACUAA